AUGGAGGGAAGCAGAUCAGAAACUUUGGCGGCCGAAGUGAGUGAGGAAAUAAUUUAUACCUCUGUCAAAUUCUCUCAGACUCCACCGCCAAGGGCCAGAGCUGGACGGGAAAGGAGAGCUCCCUGUCUGUGGCCAGCUGUUGUGCCAGGCUUGGCUAUAGGCUUUGGGAUACUGAGCAUCGCCCUAGCAACUGCUUUGAUUUGGAACAUGAGUGGCUCCCACCCACGCUGCCCUGAGCAGUGGAUAGCCUACAGAGGGAGCUGCUACUCCUUCUCCAAGGAGAAGAAGGACUGGCAUUCCAGCCAGGAAUCCUGCUUGGCACAAGGAGCUCAUCUCCUGGUCAUCAGUGAUACCAGCGAAAUGGACCUGUUCAAGAGUAUUCAAACUGGAUAUUUCUGGAUUGGACUGAGUAACAGCACAGGCUCUGGCUGGAUUUGGGAAGAUGGCUCUAUAUUCAGUGGUACCAAGAUCCUCUCUAACAGCCCUGUGCAACGGUGUGCUGUCCUGAUGAAAGAUAAUUUUCAGGCCUCCAGCUGUGAAUUUUCUGCUCCGUGGAUCUGUGAGAAAUCUCUUAGAUAAUAAAUUAACCAUCUCAUCAGUAGUACAAGUGGAUCAUUGUCCUGCAAACAAAGGUGUUUUGCAGGGACAGGUUUGUUGCCCAUAAGGGUGAGAUACCCUCUGUAUCGGAUCCAUUCUCCGUCCAUGUCUGUUGGAUUACUGCUGUUUGUGACCACAUGAGACACGGGACAUAUACCCCACCCUAGUCUUUCCUUAUUUGUCCUAUAGGGGCAAACAAAAGUUUUGUCACAACAGAUGCUGGGUCUUCAGAUACCUGAGGGUGUGCUGGCCAUUUUCCUCCAUUCCUGAGCAUCAGAUUUGAUUUCCAUUCCCUGCAUCUCCACUGAUUGGUGCCAGGAGGACUGGGAAAACGCUGUUCACUGCUAGAAACAUAUGAACAGGCUCC